UCCUCGCCGACAAGAAACAGCUGUCAGCUGUUACGUCGUCUCUAAUUAGGAAAACUUGUUAAAAAUUAAUAUUUAAGCAAAUUUGAAUUAAAAACAAAUACAAAAUGUCAAACAGUCACUUGUUCAUGAAGUCGGGCUUUCCACGGGCUCCCCUGCAAAAUGGCCUGGGGCGCUAUGUCUGCCAGCUGCAGCGAAUCACUCUGAAAUUCUGCAAAAACAAUGGUUCAAGCAGAGGCAUGCGAGACUUUAUUGAGAACCACCUGGUGGACUUUGCUAAGGAAAAUCCUGGUAUUGUGGUCUAUGUGAAGCCCCGACGCCAUCGCACACCCGUUUUGGUGGGAGAGUAUUUAAAUGGCGAUCGUGAAUGGUUGAACUGCAGAAACAACACCCAGGAGGAGAUCUCCAAGUGGAUAGACCUGCUAAAGACCCAAAACGGCAGCUCCAGCUCUCUGCGUUUGCGUAAAAUGUGGCACACGGAUGUGCCCUCCAUCCAGGGACCCUGGACACCCUUCCUGCUGCGUUCCCCGGAGACCCAAGGCCAAGUUUACCCGAAUACGGAGGCCUCCAAGCCGCUGGAGACUCCACAAUCCGCCACCGAGAAGCUUAUUGAGCUCUUCCGUCAACAGCAACUGGAAGCUGGCGAGGAAGCCCACGAUUUGCUCAGCAAAAAGCGGGCCGAGUAAAUAGAUUUAUAAGGAGUUAAGGAUGUUUUCGGUAAUUGUUGCUUUUUAUUUUAUCAACAAAUAAAUAUUUAAAAUCUAAA